GGGGAAGGCGGCGGGGACGCGCGGCUCGCCGCCAUGGACGACAAGGCGUUCACCAAGGAGCUGGACCAGUGGGUGGAGCAGCUGAACGAGUGUAAGCAGCUGAACGAGAACCAAGUGCGGACGCUGUGCGAGAAGGCUAAGGAGAUUUUAACAAAGGAAUCAAAUGUACAAGAGGUCCGUUGUCCUGUUACCGUCUGUGGAGACGUGCAUGGCCAGUUCCACGACCUUAUGGAACUCUUCAGAAUUGGUGGAAAAUCCCCAGAUACAAACUAUCUAUUCAUGGGUGACUAUGUAGACAGAGGGUAUUACUCUGUGGAGACGGUGACUCUUCUUGUAGCAUUAAAGGUGCGCUAUCCAGAACGAAUCACAAUAUUGCGAGGAAAUCAUGAAAGUCGGCAGAUCACACAAGUUUAUGGCUUUUAUGAUGAAUGCCUACGAAAGUAUGGAAAUGCCAACGUGUGGAAAUACUUUACAGAUCUCUUUGAUUAUCUUCCACUUACAGCUUUAGUAGAUGGACAGAUAUUCUGCCUCCACGGUGGCCUCUCUCCAUCCAUAGAUACACUGGAUCACAUAAGAGCCCUGGAUCGCUUACAAGAAGUUCCACAUGAGGGCCCAAUGUGUGAUCUCUUAUGGUCAGAUCCAGAUGACCGUGGUGGCUGGGGCAUUUCUCCACGUGGUGCUGGCUACACAUUUGGACAAGAUAUUUCUGAAACAUUUAACCAUGCCAACGGUCUCACACUGGUGUCUCGUGCUCACCAGCUUGUAAUGGAAGGAUACAACUGGUGCCAUGAUCGGAAUGUGGUCACCAUCUUUAGUGCUCCCAAUUACUGCUACCGCUGCGGGAACCAGGCUGCUAUCAUGGAACUAGACGACACUUUAAAGUACUCUUUUCUUCAGUUUGACCCAGCACCUCGUCGUGGAGAGCCUCACGUGACCCGGCGCACCCCAGACUACUUCCUAUAACUUCCCCCCCAGGACCUGUCUUUGUAUGUGGAAGUAUACCUGGCUUUUUCAAAUAUAUAUAUACAUAUAUAUUUAAAACAACAGUUAUCUGUGUGUCUCUGUAACAAAUUGUGAUAUGUCUUGACAUUAAACACAUACAUCAUGGACCAAAAUGUGCCAUACUAAUGAUGAGAGGUUAGCAGUUUGAACUUAGUCCACUGUUGUAGAUGAGUCUGCCCAGCAGCCUGCCUGCUGUGCUGCAGGAACCAUUUUCCUUGACUGGUUAAACAAAAAGGGUCACUGACUGCUUCAUCUCCUUUGCGCUUACUUGGAAGUUUAGUUACAAGUUUAACUGGCAUGGAUUAUAGAGUUGGAGUUUUAUUUUUAAGAAUUUACAAGCUGACUUCCACUUAAAUUCAUAACUCUUUAUUUUAUUGAAAUGUAUGACUAACUGAAGAAGAGAUUCUUGGGAGUAUGUUGUCAUAACAUUAAAGAGAUUUCCUUUUAAAGUUUCCUAAACUAAAUUACUGUUGGAUGUUGAUCUGCAUAUUUCUGUAUAUUUGUCAUGACAGUGCUUGCAUCCUAUUUGGUGUACUGAACAAAUAAAAUUUCCAAUUUAGAGAAAAACA